CACAUUCACCGCCUGACAGCAGUCGCAACUGUCUCUGUUUACUUGCUUACUUUGCAUAGCUUGCUAGAGGAAGAAGCGUACCAGCCGAUGUUUUCUUGGUUAAUUUCCUGACGUUAUCAGUUUAUCAACCACCAGUUCGGAGAACCACUUCGAGCCCAUGAGUCGCAGUAGGAACCCCCCUCAGCGGGGUCAGGGAGCAGCCCGGGCCAAACAGAUGGGGCUGCUGCUGGACCUGGACCCUGACGGAGGGCUGGACGGGGGGAAUGACGAGGACCUGGAGGCGGAGCUGCUGGCUCUGGUGGGCGGAGGAGGAGGGGGGCGCUCACCCGCCAACAAGCCUGGAGGCAAAGCUCCCUUGCCGAUGGAGGACAUUGAGCGCAUGGCGGCCAUGUGCAUGAAGGACCUGGACGACAACGACGAGGAUGUUGACCUUGAGGGAGACGAAGACCUUCUGGCGGAGCUGAAUGAGGUGUUGGAGGAGGACGAGGAAGAGGAGCGUAAGCCGGCGCCGCCGGUGCCCACCACCCGCUCCACGCCGCCCGCCUCCUCGCCCCGCUCCCCCCCCGCGUCGUCUCCGAGUGCCGUGGGUGGGGUCGAAGGUCGUCUGCAGGAGCGCAUCCAGAUGUACCAGGCGGCCAUCGCCAACGCCAAGGCCGCGGGGGAGUCCAGCAAAGCCCGGCGAUACGACCGCGGACUCAAGACGCUGCAGUCGAUGUUGACCUCCGUGAAGAAAGGGAAGUCAAUCAACGAGGACGAGAUGCCGCCUCCUGUUGCCACGGGAGCAAAGCCCGCCCCCGCCCCUGCCGCCGACUCUCCGCCCGAGCCAAUCAGCGAGCAGGAGGAGCCUGCCCCGGCGUACACGCCCCCAGCCCCGACCAAUCAGAGGCCCCAGCCGGCGGUCCCGCCCAAACCCCAGCUCCAGGUGCCGCAGCAGAGAUCCGCCGCCGUUACCCCGGAUACGCCCGCCAUCUCGCCACUGACGCCCGGUCAGCCGCACGCACAACACUCAGGGCUGAAGGCGCAGGUUCUGAGCAGACAGAGGGAGUACAAGCUUGCCGCCAUCCACGCCAAACAGAGCGGCCACACCGACCUCGCCAAACGCCACUACAUGAUCGCCAAGAAACUAGACUCCGUAGUGGAGGCUGUGGACAGAGGGGAGCCAGUGGACGUCGGCUCUCUGCCUCCCCCUCCUGAGGAGGGUGUGGUGUCUCAGGGUUCUGCUGCCCCAGCUCAGGUGAACUCCAAACCUGCCCCAGCCCCUACACCUGCACCUGCCCCGCCUCCUGCUGUCGCCGUCACCCCUGCAGCCAUGGCUGCUCCCCGCUCUCUGGCGGAGGCGCUGCAGCAGCGUAUGCAGAAGUACCAGGAGGCAGCCGAGGGAGCCAAGAGCAAAGGAGACGACCGCAAGGCCCGCAUGCACCAGCGCAUCGUCAAGCAAUACCAGGACGCCAUCAGGGCUCAGAAGGCCGGCAGGCAGGUGAACCUGGCCGACCUCCCAGUGCCUCCAGGUUGUCCUCCUCUGCAGGGGUCAGAGACGGAACAGAACUUCAUGGGUGUCCUGGAGACGGCUAUGAAACUGGCCAAUCAGGACGCAGAGGCAGACGAUGGUGAUGAUGAUGAAGUGGCAAAGCCCGCUGUGCGUCCUGCUGUUCAGAAGGGCCGGGCUCCUGCUCCCCCGUCGGGCAGCUCACCUGGUGGGACGCCCUCCGCCUCCUCACCUGCCCCUAAACUCGCCGGCAAAGCCCAGCAGCAGCUGGAGUUCCUGUUGGCGCGGCGGCAGCAGUUUGUGAAGGCGGCGCUGCGCUCCAAGCAGAUGAAGGACAUGCAGGGCGCCGCCCAGCACCUCAAGCACGCCAAGGGCCUCGACCCCAUGAUCGCCGCCGCCAAGGGAGGCCUGCCCGUCGACAUCACCAAGAUCCCCAGUGCUCCGGUGAGUGAGGAGGACUACUCCCUGGGCCGCUCGCGCGCCUCCCCUCUCUCCCCACGCUCCUCUGAGCAGUACUCUCAGCUCAUGGCCAUGCUCAAGCAGCAGCAUGAGAAGUGCCUAAACUACUCCCAGCAGUUUACACACCUGGGCAACGUUGCCGAGACCGCCAGGUUUGAGAAGCUUGCUGAGGAGAGCAUGAGUAACAUUGAACUUCUGAAGAAGGCUCACGCAAAGGGAAAGCCCGUCCCCAACUACCACAUGGAGGAACGCACCUUCAACACUGUCAAGAUGUAUCCUAACCUAACUGCCAAUGAGAUGCAGCUGAUCGUAGUGAAGGGGAUCAACCUGCCGGCUCCUUCAGGAGUUUCCCCCAAUGAUCUCGACGCCAGCGUACGCUUUGAGUUCCCCUUUCCCAGUUCGGAAGAGCCACAGAAGGAUAAGACGAGUACAAUCAAGAACACUAACUGUCCAGAGUUUAAGGAGCAGUUUAAGCUCAACAUAAACCGCACACACAGAGGCUUCAAGAGGGUGGUCCAGUCCAAAGGCAUCAAGUUCGAGAUCUUCCAUAAAGGCGGUCUGUUUAAGGGGGACAAGAGUGUGGGCACGGCACAGCUGAAGCUGGAUUCACUGGAGAAUCAGUGUGACCUCCGACAAAUCAUAGAUGUGCUGGACGGCCGUAAGCCCACGGGGGGCCGUCUGGAGGUGCGGGUGAAGAUCCGCGAGCCGCUCGGAGGAGUGCAGCUGCAGCCCGUCACUGAGAAGUGGAUCGUCCUGGACCCCAUGCAGCUCUCCCCACCAGAACCACACACAGAACGAGCGCCAUCUCCCCGGUCCAAACCCAGGAGCGAGCACGAGAAGAACGACAAUCACAGCAACAGCAAACACAGUCACUCUCCUCCACAGUAUAAACUGCACAGUUUCAGCCUCCUCAACUACGACAAAGAACGACUAGAAAAAAAGCUGGAGGCGUACAAGAAGAGUAGGCGGGACCCUCCGUCUGAUCUGCUCCAGCAGCACAAAGACGUGUGUCGCAGACUACAGUGGCAGAAGAGCUACCUGGAGAGAGGCUCCUCAUCCGCACUAUCCGAGUAUGAGCAUGUGCUGAAGAAGCUGGUCCAGGGUCUGUCUGAGUCCAUCAAGAAGUUCUCCAGCCAGGGCAACAGGGAAGCUGCUAAGGACGCUCUAGGGAGGAUGAAGAUGGUGGAGCAGGAGAUGGAAUCAGUGAGGAAAAGACGGACUAUGUAAGAAGAACAGAGGACAUGGUGGACUGAAGCAAAUGCUGGAAUUGCACACACACACACACACACACACACACACACACACACACACACACACACACACACACACAAACACACAAACACACUCCCAGCACACACACACACGCAUGCACACACUGCGCUCUAAGCACCUUUUGGCAUUGCAGCACUCCAAGAUAACCUGCACUCUACCUCUGCGUUACUGCUCUUUGGUUUCUCGUGAGUGUGUGUGUGAGUGUGCACGGGUGUGUGUGUGUGUGUGUGUGUGUGUGUGUGUGUGUGUGUGUGUGUGUGUGAGUGUGUGUGUGAGUGUGCACGGGUGUGUGUGUGUGUGUGUGUGUGUGUGUGUGUGUGUGUGUGUGUGUGUGAGUGUGUGUGUGUGUGAGAGAGAGAGAGAUGCUUGUGUGUGUGUGUCUGUGUGUCUGUGUGUGUGUGUGUGUGUGGCACCUCUGUCACAGCUUCUGAUGUUCCUUCUCUCUUCUCUAAUUACUAAACACACACACACACACACACACACACACAAUUGUGAGCACACACAAACGCACACAUCUGUGUCCAUUUCCCUCAGUAAAGAGAGCAAGAGGGCCUCCUAUCUGUUCAGAGUUAGCACUGCUCUCUGCCCCCUCUCAACUCUCUCACACACACACACACACACUCUCUCUCUCUCUCUCUCUCUCUCUCUGGCUGUAAUAACGGGCUCAAUCUAAUCUGGCUGCUCCAGUCUGCUCAGAUUAUACUAAUCCCCUCGCUCAAGGGGAGGGUUGUGCCACUGUGAUAGGGUGUGUGUGUGUUUGUGUGUGUGUGUGUGUGUGUGUGUGUGUG